AAUUUUACGUACUUCACAACUUGUAGCUCACUAUAGUAAAUUUCCUUUUUAUGAAAGAGUAUUUCUGUUAGCUGGGAGGGUACAGUCGAGGAUGAUAUAGAUCAAAAAGGCAAUUUUUCAUAUUCUUAUUUCGUUACGGGUUGUAUUUAGGUUGUGGGUGGAUUAAGUGCAAGUACAACACUGAAGCAAAACAUAUUGACUAUGCUUCUCAUUUUUUCGUAAAGCAUUGUACACUAAAAAAAAUAGUCAUUACACCGACAGACGGCUGAUUCGGUAAUGCUUUGUAUUUAUUCCGACACUUCAGAGUUCAGAUUCCACUGAGGUCAACUUUACCUGUUAUUCUUCUGGAGUCGAUAAAAUAAGUACUUGAUGAGCACUUAAAUCGAAGUCAUUGACAAACCUCAUUUCCCCAAACUGCUGGCAAAAUUUGAAACUAUUAUAUUUACUGGCAUAUAUCUCUCUCUUAGUGACAAAGAACCAUCACAACUGAUUUCGCAUAUUGGCCUAAUGCCACAAAACUGUAGGUCAUAGUUAAGAAAAUUGUUAAUUGUAAGGAUUAAUAGCUAAGGCCAACCUCGACAUGAUUUGUACUCAAAGUAUUGGUGAAUGAUACGAAAGAUAGUCAUAGCUAAACACUACUACCGAUUCUACCUUCAAUUGUAUUUCAUGUCGAUUCCAGCAGUAUUUGAACAUACAAUGUAAAGAGACAGUCUACCAUUCUGUCGUUGAUGUCAAUAUUGCAAUAGCUAAUAUCUUUCUCAAUGAAAACUCGAAGAGAUAAACUCUCACAAAGUUCUAACGGCAAUUUCGAUUCCUGGUUAAAAUUAUUUCACACCUCUAUUUCACUUCAAAACCAAAAAGAAAUUAAAAAAAAAAAAAGAAAAGCAUCUAUAUGGAGGCACUACUUGCUGGAAACAGUAGCCAAAUUUCUUUUUUACCACACUCAACCGUUUUACAGAAGAUAAGAACCUAUUUGAUAUUGGAUAUUGUUACAAAACUCGAAAUCUUUACAGCUUAAUACUUUUUGGUCAUAAGUAGUUCUGCUUGAUCAAGGCUAAACAGUAAUAUUAAUCUCACAAUUUCCUUUCCCCCUUUGCGUCUAUAAAAAAGAAACCUUUUAACUAUUAGUGAAAUAGAUAAAUAAUUUGCAACACCAACCAACAAGGAACUUUACACUUCAGCUCUCAACACCGUUAUACUCUUCAGUCGCUAGAGUCUGAAUCGCUAUUUAAGGAAUUUUCGCCAAUUAUCGAUGACUGCUUUCGCUUUUUCAAAUGUGAUAAAUCCUGCUGGUGCAUUCAUAACUUGUGUGAAUCAUAAAAGCCUGCCCCAGGAAAGUUGUGCAAAAACAUUUUGCUGGAGACAACGCUAUGAGAGCAAUAUGCCUGCUAACUCGCUGUCAGAUACUUCUUUUUAUUGGAUUACUUGUGAACAUUAUUAUUUUGCUUUAUCUUCUUAAAGUUCAAAAUGAUUUGCAAUAUGGACGACCACAAGUGCAAUACAAAAAUAAAGUUGAAAAAGUUCAAUAUGCUGAAUUCACAGAUUCAGUAACAUUAAUCAUUCGAGAAUUUGAGGAUUUUGAAAAUUAUGUUGUAGCUACGUUGAAGGGAAUCUUAGGAAUUAUACCUGACCUACAAGUCUUAGUUUUUACUGAUCAUCAACCAUAUCCACCUCUUUUACUAAAUGAAGUCCCCAAUGCUAGACUUGUAGUUUUACAUCCAAGUGCUGAACAGUCAUGGUCUUCAUCUCUCCCCCAUACAUAUAUUAAAACACCUUUUUUGCUAAUUAUUCCAGAUGCCGUCAAACUAGUUGAUCCACAUAGUUUGUUGUCUGCUUUUAAUUAUUUAAAGCAACAUUCAUAUUUGUCUUCUGUUGCCUUGGUAACUGGGCGAGAUCAUUCUAGUUGUCUGAAUCUCCAUGUAGAUUUGAGACGCUGGACACUAACUUAUGAAAACACUGGUUUAUUUCAAGAAUGUGAUGCUGUGUCUGGUGAGCAUGCAAUAUUAACACGUUCAGAUAAAUUCCUUGAGUUCCCAUUCUCAUUUCUACAACCAAUGACAACAGGCUUUUAUAUCCAAGCUGCUUUAAGAGAUUGGAAAAGUAUUAUUUUCAAAGACUCUGUAUUUGUUGGCAACCCUAAUUUAUUUAGUGACCCUCACAAAAAAUGGAAACACAAGAAACAGGUAGCUGUGCGUCUAAAAAAUCUUUACAAACAACUUCGUAUCAAGAAAGUAGUUCUUCCAGGGGAUGGGCAUGUAAUGUGGUAUGGUUGUACCAAAGAAACUACCCGAUGUUUUGGAACAGUAGUUAAUGAUAUGCCUGAAUAUAUUUAUGAAGGCAAAUGGACACCUCCAUGUUGUUUAGAAGCUGUUCGAACUACUUCAAGGCAUGUUUUUCAGAUUCUGGAGGACUGUAAGGUACGUUACUGGCUAGAAGGAGGUAGUUUGUUAGGAGCAGCACGAAGUGGUGAUAUCAUUCCAUGGGAUUAUGAUGUUGACAUUGGAAUUUACAAAGAAGAUAUUGGCAAAUGCCAGCCACUUGUUGAAUGUGAAAAAGAAAAGUUUGUUGACCCUGAAGGUUUUCUCUGGGAAAAAGCUACAGAAGGAGAUUUUUUCAGAGUUCAGUACAGCAGCUCGAAUCAUAUGCACGUUGAUAUUUUCCCAUUUUAUUCUAAAAAUUCUACAAUGACAAAGGAUACCUGGAUACCAGGACACAGACAAGAUACAGAGUUUCCUGAAAAAUAUCUAAAUCCUUUAACAAAGGUUCCGUUUGCUGGUUCAAUGGCAUCUGCUCCAAAUAAUGUUAGGGAAUUCUUAGAAUUUAAAUUUGGGGAAGGAGUAAUUGAAAAUCCACGGUAUCCUAAUUCAAACCGAGUCAUUCGCUGAACACUUCAUUCACAAAUCAUAAGGAGAAUAAUCAAAAUUAUAUAUAAUAAUUGAGCUUGCUAGAUAUAACCUCACUAAAUUGUAAUAAUUCAAUCAUUUAAAAGGUAUAAGUUAAUUUUAAUUUCUACAUUCCAUGUGUACGUAUUUUUAAGUUUGCAUGCACAUUCAACAAAAUGACCAAAAGUCUACAAUGCUCUUGGACUUAUGAAUGCAUUCCUGACUCUGCAUGCACAUGUAUAUGUCUUUUCCUCAGAUCAUAUUGUGCUUGUUCAAACUGUUCACCAAGCUGGCUAGGAAAAAAAAAAAGAGGAAGAGGAAGAAAAGAUGACUUGGUUGUCAUCUCAUCUUCUCCACAAAUAUUUGUUAAAAUUACUUUUAAAAGUUGUGCACAUUUUAAUUCUCCCAUGUAAAGUCAGUGUUAAUAAUUUCUUGUUAAUGAAACUUUCUUUUUCUAAACAUAAAUUUAAUUUAGUAUACCUAGAAAUUAAUCAAUUUAAUUGAACAAGUUGCUGUACAUAAUUUGUCCUCAAGAGUACAUUUUUAAAAACAGAAAGUUUUGUUUAUGAUGUAUGUUGUUAUAUGAGAUGCAGGUUAAUUAUCUUCAUCAUCCUAUAAGUUCAGUAAUUUAUAAGGAAAUAGUCAGAGAUUUUUUUGUUGCUGUAGUUCAAACAAGUUGUGCAUAUUUACACUAUUUUGCUGGUGGAUUAACUUUGUAAAUACUUUUCUAAUCAUAUUUCCUUAAGCAUUAUUGUUGAAUGGAGAUUCCUUUCAUCAAGUAAAUUAAUUGGUGGCAGAUAUAUUUUCAGUAAUUAAGUUAAAGACAUUUACAGGAAUGAAUUCUGAUUCCUUCUUUUUUAAGAAUUCAUCAACAGUUCUCAGACAAAUUUUUAAAAAGAAGGAAAGUGAAUUAAUCCUGGAAGAAUCAUUAAUUUGAUAAAUAAAAAUAAUCCACUGUGAUUUAUGUAUUUAGUACUUUACCUUAAGUUGUGAUUCUUCCUGCUUUAAAUGGUAACAACAACAACAGCAGGUAAAGGAAUAUGCAUAAAACUAUAAAUAAUACCACAAAAGGAAUAUAUAUAUGUAUAUAUAUGUGUGUGUGUGUAUAUAUAUGUACUCAUAAACAACACUGUAAGAAGAAAUUACACAUAAGUAGCACCACUAACAUUUUAAGUUCUCCAUCAGAUAUAUUUGAAUGUUCUUUUACUAUUGUUUAAUUUAGUCUUUCAGAAAUAAUGAGCUACCAGUUCCCUUAAGUCUAUGGUAUUCCUGAGAAUGUACUUGAUGGAAGUUUAACUGAAAUAUUUUAUCAGCAUUUUUAAAUGCAAAAUACAUUGCCGUUUGUAUUUUUCUAUAUUUCCAUCAGGGUACUUCUCAUCUAUUUUUCUUACAUCAUGUUUUAUAAAAAUAUACAUUUUGGAAAUGAUCCUUCUAGAAAUCAACUGAUGUUGUGAGCUAUAUUCUCUUCAUAAAUUUUGCUGAAUCAAACAUUUUUGUUUAUUACACCACAAUGGUUUUAAGGUACUUUUAUCUUUCUCUCUCUUUAGUACCUUAAUUCCUAUCUCAUGCUCCUGAAUAGUGACAACAUAUCUUUGACAUAUGAUUUUUAAACAGAAAUUGUUUUCAAAGGUAGUUGUCCUCUUUUUUGUGUUGAUAUUGUUAUGCUGAUGUCUUACCUUUGUAUUAAAUCAUCCAUAGCUGUUUAUAGGAAGAUAUUUAUUAAUUUUUUUGGUGGGGGGAUCUACUUAGGUAAAUGUUUUCAUCAACUCACAGAAUUUCACACUUUCAAUGUAUUUUUGAAAAAUUUACUGCUGACUUUUGCGUUAUACAUCUAUGUUGUUUAAAUGAUAUGUUUUAUUUAUCAGUUAAUCUGAGAAAGUAGACUGAUUCUUGUAGUUUUAAGUCUUCCCUGACUGGAAGAAAAUACACAUGGCUGAGUAAGAUUGAUCUAGUUACUUUUCUGUUGGUUAAUAGGAGGAAAAUAUGAUCAACAAGAGAGUUACGAGGGGUGGAUGGGUACACUUCUAGGGGUGAAAGGAUUGUUUCAGUGCAAAGUGUGAAAAUUAGGGAAAGAAUAAUAAUGUGAUAUGAAAAGGUGAGCGAAAUCUGUGUUUCAGAGAAGUGAAUAUACGAUGAUGUGUGUGUUGCUAGGUGGGAUUAGUGAGUAAGAAUGUAUAAUUUUCUGAUAUACACAGUUCCUCAAAUGUACUUGAGCUGGAACUUUACAUACAUUAUAUUAUAGACAUACUUUAUUUUAGAUGGAAUCUCAUUGUUUACAGAAUUAUUGUAUUUUCUGAAUUUUGCAUUUCAGAAAUGGAGAGUCUACUCACAGAUGUUUGAGGGGCUUUUUGUUCAUAUUUAAUUGUAAUUUCAACUAGUUAAUUCUUAAGUUUGGACAUUUCUGUCAUGGAUAUAACUUGAAAAGAAGAUGAAGUGUUCAAGUGUUUUUUCUACAGCUAAUUGGAAAUUACAUUUCUCUCAAUCAAAAAGUGUUGUAUUUAUUGGUGAUAUAACAAUUGUCUAUGAUUUAUUUAUUCUAUUUAUUUGAAAACCUUUGGUUCUUCAAGAACUGAUACUUGGAAAUGUUGGAACAAAAUUUGUUAAGUUCUUACAAAGCAUAUCAGUGUAAUUUGUAUAUAAAUCAGAAUAAAAACGUUAGAUAAACAUAACAUUAUAUAUAUAUAUAUAUAUAUAUAUAUAUAUAUAUAUAUCUGAUGGUUGAAAAAAUAUAUAUAUAUAUGUUUAUUUCACGAAAAAUAAAACUAUGUGAUAUGUUUUGAUGUUCAUGUAAAAUUUUCUGCUGUAUGUAAUGUGAUAUCAAUAGCUGUGAAUAUAGAACUAUAGUUUGUGAUAGCUUUACCUCUAGAAUAUAAAAUUUUACAGAAUGUGAUAUCAUCAACUGCUUCAAUUAGACAGAACAUCUUGUUGCAAGUGUCACACAACAAUAUAGCUAUUACAGGCAACAUUAUAUGAAUACUGAAAAUAACUAAACUUAACAAUAUAUUACAUGUGAAUAAUAUUAAAAGUAUCACAAAAGGCAUUAAUUUUUUUUUUUUUUUUGUAAUGACGUAUUGCUAUUAAACCCUUUAUUCUAUAGUUUGUGACAUAUUUAGAUGUGUAAUAUAGAACGUUUUUUUAUGAAGUAUAUUGUUUCUAAUUUGUCUAAAUUUCUCUUCUUUUAUGAUAUUAAUGUUGCCAAAUCUUACACUUGUUUUCAAAUAUGACCAUCGAAUUAUUGAAGAAAGUAUUAAUCCUAAACUACAAAUACAAAAAUGAUGACUGUUUUGUCACAUUUGUGUUGGUAUUUUCUUUUGUAUUUUUCAUUGAAUAAACAUAUAACACCUCAUA